GAACGUGUAGACGUGUUUGCAUAGUGGAAACUGUCGUUAGAAACGCUGGAAGGAAGGGAGCGUCAUGCGGGAGCAGCGACAAGGGUUUUUUUGUGAGGGUUGUGCAACAUAAUCCAUCGGGGCAGCUUCAUGCGAUUCACUCGGAGACAAAGGAGCACCGAAGUUGAGCGGUGCGGAGCUCAGAGCUGAAAUAAGAGGCUUUGGGAGGCUCGUGUUCGGCUCGACGUCAUCGCGGGGUUUUUUUUUUUUGUUUGUUUUUUUUUUACCCUUUUUCAUUUUGCGCGCAGAGCUGCAGCAGAAACUUUUGGACAGCGCUCUUUAUUUUAUUUUAUUUUAUUUUAUUUUAUUUUAUCUUUUUAUUCUCGGUGUCUUCCCGCUGCACCUCCACGGAUGAUCACAUAUCCCCGAACCGCUGCCGGAUCCGAGCCUUAAAGGGUUUUCUUACCAAAUAUAGCCGCUGUUAAUGCUGGAGCGUCCUUGACGGAGCGGAGCGGUCCUAGAUUGGGUAUAUGCAGCGGCUGCCAAAGUUUAUAAUUAAAUCCUCAGCUCGCCUUGGGUCACUGUUUUAUUCAAACCUUACAAUUCAGUCUUAUUAUCAGAUCGGACACCUGAAUAAGUGCGUGUGUUAUUUUUAGAAGUUGGUUCCUUGAUUUUUCUUCUUCUAUUUUUUUUUCCUCUUGUGCCUAUUGUGAUCUGCAGCAUGUCGAUUUAAACCUCGCCUGUUCUCAACAGAAGCCAUUUUUAAGUCUUUGAUUUACAAGCCUGUCCUGAACACGAGCUGCUCAACCUGCUCCCACCUUCAGCCCUCCCACAUUUUUCUGCACCCUCUAUUUUUUUUUUUUUUUUUAAAUCUCCAACAAUGACUUUUCGUGCGCCUGGCUGUGGGCGCGGCGGUGGAUGUGCCAUGGCUCGGCUUUUCCUCGCCAUCUCCGUGCUGGCGCUCGGGUCGGCGGUGGGCUUGGCUGGAGCCGAAGCUGAGCAGGCCAAACCGACAGACGGGAGCCCACCGGCGGUCACCCUCCGCACCCUGAUCACCGGAACCUGCCAGGAGGUCCAGCGUUACGCGGAGUCGGUGGUGGGAAGCGGCGUGAUACGUUCAGCUGCUGAGAGUGCUGUGUUGUUUCUUGAGUCAAUGCUUGGUCAGGAGAACAUCUAUACGGUGGCCAUGUUUUUCGAGACGGUGAUCCGAUUCCUGGCCGAGGGAGCUGCCAGCGGCCUGAAUGUCAUCGCUGUGUACGUCACAGAGAUCCUCAGGGUCACAGGCUUCGAUGUUGCCCUGACGUUGCCCCGCUUCACUCCAGAGGGCGUGACCGCCAUCGCCCAGUGGGGUCUGGUGGGCCUCAUUGGCUACUGGGUGCUGACCAUUGUUCUCCGCCUGCUGAUUUGCGUUGUGAGGCGGGUGUUCUGGGUGGUGAAAACCGUCUUGGCGCUCUGGCUUUUCGGACUGAUCGUGACUGACAAGACCGCCAGUGCAGACACCACAGCGGUCCGACUGGGCGGCCUGGUGCUGGGGUGCGUCCUGCUGACGCUGCUCACUUCGAGCUCUGAAAAGACUUGCGGAGUGGAGCACCGUCUGAGCUGCCUGGAGGGCCGGCUGAAGGCGGUCGAGAAGAGGAAAGGUGAAUAGUGACCAGAGAGGGUGGAGGGAGAAAGAGUUCAGAUGGACAAAGGUGGUGGGAAUACUGGUUAACUACAGACUACAGUGAUGGUUUCUAUCGUUUGUGUGUCAAGCUAUUAUGGGAAAUAAAGUCUCUGGAUUUUUACUCACAAA